GAGUCCAAAAAAUUAAAAACUUUAAUUGGUGUUUGGAAUCUAGAUAGCUACGAGGUGAUCGAUUUGUCUUUUAAUUAAUUGUUUUAUUGCUAUUUGGUGUAGAGUAUUGUUGAGUCUAAUUUAAUUAACAAUUAAUAAUUAGAGUUGUGGUGGAAUCUCCGUCGAACAUGUAGGAUUUUUAUUUCAUCAACUCUAUUAUUUUCUAUUUUAGGAAUCUUUUUAGUUUCCUUUUCGAUUCAUCUCCUAAAUUUGGAAGUGCCCCAUUGCUGAAGCUCUGUGGUUGAAUUUUUGACGGAAUUAGUUUUGUGAGAGAGAGAAAAUGGAGGGUAUUACAGAAACUGGUAAGAAGCUUCAAUCAUCUUUGUUUCCUAAACCGGAUAACUUGGAUAUGGCUAGUUACAGUUCGUCUCAAGUGAUUCUUCCUGUGCGUCAAUUAUCUCCAUCUCCAACUUCUGAUAACAAAAGACCCGGUAUACCUCCUACGAACCCUAAGAGUGACACCCCUCUAGGAUUUUCUGCAAUUAUUCAGUCUUCUCCUCAGUUGAUACCCAUUUCGAGCCGGAGAGCUUUGGAGAAGUCGGUUUCCAUGAAGGAGAAUUCAAAGGUAGAAAAGCCAACCCAAUUCGUGAAACAAGCAUCUGAACGGAAGAAAGAAGGGAUGGGGGACUGCAAAUCUGGGGGAGAGGUAGUGAACGACUUGCUUAAUUCAUACAUGAAUUUGGACAAUAUCGAUCUUCUGAAUUCGUCAGGUACUGAGGAUAAGGAUUUGGACAGUAGAGCGAGUGAGACAAAGACAAACGAAGGUGAAAACAGUGACGAUGAAGUUGAAAGCUGCCUCAAUGGAAAUCCAGAGAAGAGGGAAGGAAUCAAGAUAGUAGCUGGUGGAGAUAUUGCAUCACCUACCCGUCACUAUAGAAGUUUUUCAAUGGAUAGUUACAUGGGUAGUUUCCUUUUUGGUGAAGAAUCACUGAAGCUUUCUCCUUCCAAAACCCAGAAUUCUCAGCAAUCGCCUGCAAAUUUAGCAGAUGGGAAUUUGCCAAAUGGCGAGUUUACCAAAUCUGAGCUCAAAAAGAUUAUGGCUAACGAGAAGCUCGCCGAGAUUGCACUGUCAGACCCUAAAAGGGUCAAGAGAAUUCUGGCCAACCGUCAAUCUGCUGCUCGUUCCAAGGAGCGUAAGAUGCAAUAUGUUGCAGAAUUGGAGCAAAAAGUACAUACUUUGCAAUCAGAAGUAACCAGUUUGUCUGCGCAGCUGACAUUGUUGCAGGGAGAUUCUGCAGGGUUUACAAGUCAGAAUAAUGAGUUGAAAUUUCAUCUUCAGGCCAUGGAACAAGAAGCUCAACUCAAAGAUGCUUUGAAUGAAGCAUUAGCUACAGAAGUUCAACGAUUGAAGCUUGCUACUGCAGAAUUUACAGGAAAGGCUCAUCUUUCCAACUGUAUGGCUCAGCAGCUUUCUAUCAAUCAUCAGCUGUUCCAGCUUUGUCAACUGCAUGAUAAAAGACAGUGCCAACAGCAUAAUGGCGAUUCUAAUAUGCAUGACAGGGAAUAAUUUACCCUUGGGAAAACCAUGAAGUUCUGUUAAUUCGAGUUAAAAAGGAUCUGACCCAGUUUGAAAUAAGGACAAUAGAAAAUCAUGUAUAAGCUCCAAUAUCUACAUAAUCUAUAAUUCACUUAAGAAAAUUUGACAAUUGUUUUGUUCUUGAGGUUGGUUUGAUGCCAAAAUAUAGAGAGUUGGAAGUUUAACUCUUGUUUAUGAAUGAGAUUAUCUUUAUGUAUUGAAUUAUCAUAGAAAAUUAUGUAAUCAUU